UUAAAUGUUUAGCAACAGUUGAAGGCACUAAAAAAGCGAAAGAAACUAGCCAGACAAGCCCACCUCCACCACCACCCUCCACCCCCUUCCCUAGAGAGAGAAGCUAACAACAGCACACAGCGCACGCACGCAUAUACACACAGUCACGCAUAUAUUUAUUGAGAGAGAGAGAGAGAGAGAGAGAGAGAGAGAGAGGUGCAAACUUUGCAUUCAUAUCCAGAGGUUUGAGAGAGAUUAAAUGAGGGCAUGCCUUGUCGGCCAUUAGAGCUUCAAGUAGUAGCUCGGGCCCGACCCUUUUUAAUUCAUGAAAAGACUUAACAUUUUCACUGUUCUUGCUUCAAUAUCUGAAUAGAAAACCAUAAAAGAUCUCUCCCUUUUCCUUUCGCUUUUUUUUUUGGAAAGGAAAUAAGAAAGACAGUGAGAGAAGGAAGAAAGGUAACUUUUUUGGUUACAAAAUCUUAGGCCUAUAGAUCCAAAGAUCCCACCAUACCAUUUUAUGCUAAAAGGUGAACUGGGUUGCCUUUGGUCUUGUCUGUUGGUUCAUGAAUUCCAUGUUUCUUUUAGCUUUAUGGUCUCAAGGAGUUACAGUGAAGCGGUGCAGUUGUUGCCUUACAAUCUCUUCUUUGACGAAUGAUUGGUUAUCUGGCUUUAACAGGUGUUUAAAUUAUGAUAUUAUGCUGAAAUUUCAAUAAAGCGGAGGGAUAUCAAAAUGUCAGCACAUUUCAGAUCAAAGAGAGUAUUUGAAUUGAGGCUUGAUGGAAUUUUGCUCGUUUCCAUCCUAUUGAUAUGGACUACAGAGGCGUUGAAUUCUGAGGGGCAACGCCUCCUAGAGUUAAAGAAUAGCCUCCAUGACGAGUUCAAUCAUCUGCAGAAUUGGAAGUCCACUGACCAGACACCAUGCAGCUGGACCGGUGUGAAUUGCACUUCAGGUUAUGAGCCUGUAGUCUGGUCCCUUAAUAUGAGCUCAAUGAAUCUUUCUGGGACUCUGAGCCCCAGUAUUGGUGGUUUGGUCAACCUGCAAUAUUUUGAUCUUUCUUACAAUGUGAUCACCGGAGAUAUACCUAAAGCUAUAGGAAAUUGUUCACUGUUGCAAUUACUUUAUUUGAAUAACAAUCAGUUGAGUGGGGAAAUUCCUGCUGAACUGGGUGAAUUGUCUUUUCUUGAAGGUUUGAAUAUAUGCAACAACAGGAUAUCCGGUUCAAUUCCAGAGGAGUUUGGGAGAUUAUCUUCAUUGGUUGAGUUUGUGGCUUAUACCAACAAGCUGACUGGCCCGUUGCCUCAUUCUAUAGGUAAUCUGAAGAACCUGAAAACCAUCCGUGCAGGGCAGAAUGAAAUUUCUGGUAGUAUUCCUUCUGAAAUAAGUGGAUGUCAGAGCUUGAAAUUGCUUGGUCUUGCCCAAAAUAAAAUAGGAGGGGAGCUGCCGAAGGAACUUGGGAUGCUUGGAAACUUGACUGAAGUGAUUUUAUGGGAGAACCAGAUCUCAGGGUUUAUACCAAAGGAGCUAGGGAACUGUACAAACCUUGAAACACUUGCUCUAUAUUCAAAUACUCUUACUGGACCAAUACCAAAGGAAAUUGGGAACCUGAGGUUUCUGAAGAAGCUGUACCUCUAUCGGAAUGGGUUGAAUGGAACUAUUCCAAGGGAAAUUGGGAACCUUUCCAUGGCAGCAGAAAUUGAUUUCUCAGAGAAUUUUUUGACUGGUGAGAUCCCAACUGAGUUCAGCAAGAUAAAGGGUCUUCGACUUUUGUACCUCUUCCAGAACCAGCUUACAAGUGUCAUACCAAAAGAGCUUAGUAGCUUGAGGAACUUGACUAAGCUUGACCUCUCAAUCAAUUACCUCACUGGUCCUAUUCCUUCUGGGUUUCAAUAUUUGACUGAAAUGCUCCAGUUACAGCUUUUUGACAACUCCUUGAGUGGUGGCAUUCCUCAGGGGUUUGGACUUCAUAGCCGACUCUGGGUGGUUGAUUUUUCAGAUAAUAAUCUGACUGGAAGAAUACCUCCUUAUCUUUGUCAACUUUCAAACCUGAUUUUGCUGAAUCUGGAUUCUAACAGGUUAUCUGGAAAUAUCCCGACUGGGGUCCUGAACUGCCAAACAUUGGUACAACUUCGUCUUGUUGGAAAUAAUUUUACAGGUGGCUUUCCUUCAGAGUUGUGCAAAUUGGUGAACCUUUCUGCUAUUGAACUGGACCAGAACAGUUUUACUGGUCCGGUUCCACCAGAGAUUGGAAACUGCCAAAGGUUGCAAAGACUACAUAUUGCAAACAAUUACUUUACUUCGGAGUUGCCGAAGGAAAUAGGUAAUCUGUUUCAACUUGUGACUUUUAAUGCCUCAUCAAAUUUGCUCACGGGAAGGAUUCCACCCGAAGUUGUUAACUGCAAGAUGCUCCAACGACUUGAUCUUAGCCACAACAGCUUUUCUGAUGCUUUACCAGAUGGGCUUGGAACUCUUCUUCAACUGGAGCUUCUCAGGCUUUCAGAAAAUAAAUUCUCCGGAAAUAUACCUCCGGCAUUAGGAAAUCUCUCCCAUUUGACUGAAUUGCAGAUGGGCGGCAACUCAUUUUCUGGUCAAAUUCCUCCAGCUUUGGGCUCGCUUUCAAGCUUGCAGAUUGCAAUGAAUCUCAGUUAUAACAAUCUUACUGGCAGCAUACCACCAGAGCUUGGUAAUCUUAAUUUACUGGAAUUUCUCCUGCUCAAUAACAACCAUUUGAAUGGUGAGAUUCCCAUAACAUUUGAAAAUCUGUCAAGUUUACUGGGAUGCAACUUCUCAUACAAUGAACUCACUGGACCUUUGCCUUCCAUACCACUAUUUCAGAACAUGGCCACCAGCAGCUUUCUUGGAAACAAAGGGCUUUGUGGUGGGCCUCUUGGCUACUGCAGUGGAGAUCCAUCUUCUGGUUCUGUUGUACAAAAAAAUUUGGAUGCUCCUCGAGGUAGGAUCAUCACAAUUGUUGCAGCCAUUGUUGGUGGGGUUUCUCUCGUUCUUAUUAUAGUGAUACUGUAUUUCAUGAGACGUCCCACGGAGACAGCGCCUUCCAUACAUGAUCAGGAGAAUCCAUCUACAGAAUCAGAUAUCUACUUUCCUCUAAAGGACGGAUUAACUUUCCAAGAUCUAGUUGAGGCCACCUACAAUUUUCAUGAUAGCUAUGUUCUUGGAAGGGGAGCAUGUGGAACAGUCUAUAAGGCAGUUAUGCGUUCUGGGAAGAUCAUCGCUGUGAAAAAGCUUGCAUCUAACAGGGAGGGGAGUGAUAUUGAGAAUAGUUUUCGGGCUGAGAUUCUGACUCUUGGAAAGAUUAGGCACCGAAACAUAGUGAAACUUUAUGGGUUUUGCUAUCAUGAAGGUUCGAAUCUGCUUCUUUACGAGUACAUGGCUAGGGGUAGCUUGGGAGAACUGCUUCAUGAGCCUUCUUGUGGCUUGGAAUGGUCUACUCGGUUCUUGGUCGCUCUUGGAGCUGCUGAAGGGCUUGCUUAUUUACAUCAUGACUGCAAACCAAAAAUUAUUCACCGUGAUAUAAAGUCGAAUAAUAUUCUACUUGAUGAUAACUUUGAAGCCCAUGUUGGUGAUUUUGGUUUGGCGAAAGUUAUUGACAUGCCACAGUCCAAAUCAAUGUCAGCUGUUGCAGGAUCAUAUGGGUAUAUUGCACCAGAAUAUGCAUACACCAUGAAGGUUACGGAAAAAUGUGACAUCUAUAGUUAUGGAGUUGUUCUAUUGGAGUUGCUAACCGGAAAAACUCCAGUACAGCCACUAGAUCAAGGAGGUGAUCUUGUCACGUGGGCAAGACAAUAUGUUCGGGAGCAUUCAUUGACAUCUGGGAUACUUGAUGAACGAUUGGACCUUGAAGACCAAAGCACUGUUGCUCACAUGAUAUAUGUCUUGAAAAUUGCUCUACUCUGCACAAGCAUGUCGCCUUCUGAUCGGCCAUCAAUGCGGGAAGUUGUGCUGAUGCUUAUCGAGUCUAAUGAGAGAGAAGGUAACCUUACUCUGUCUUCGACUUAUGUUUUUCCGUUGAAAGAUGAUGCUUCACGAAAAUAGGUGACCAUUUCCCAGAUUUUAUUAACAGAUGAUUUCUUUUUUGGUGCUUAUUCUUCCUCGAAUUAUUUGCAACAGCAAAUGAUACAUCAUGUACACUUUCUGAUAAGAAAAAAAUCAUUAAAUGGCUUAUGGGGGUAAUUCACGUUACUCUCAAACUCUGUAUUUCGUCUUGCAAUUAGAUCAGUUACAACAAUCCUGUACAGAUAGGAGCUUCCCACCAUACAUGUAUUUUACAGAUUCUGAUGUGAUAAAUUACUCAUCGGGCUCCAGUUCCUGUUAUUUCUUC